CUUUUAUGAAGCAUUUUGAUCACUUAGCUUAAUGAAGCUUGUUAGCGCUUAGCUUGUCAACGUUAAUAGAUAAACAAGCAGCUAAACGUAGCACAGUGCUGCUACCUACAAUGUCAAUAAGACAGACCAACUGGACCUUAAUCUGAACUCCUGUCAAUGAACUAGAGUUAACAUUAUAUUGAGACAUAUCCUACACCACGAGCGGACUUUUCGACCUCCGCACCGUAGCAAUUUAAUAGCUACUAAAAUAGCUAGCUUGUAAGCUAGCUUUCAGCAGAUGAGGAAGCAGGGCUCAUUUUACCACUGGAACUUUAAAGGGAUUCACACAUAGCUGCAAAAUUAGAAAUGGAAAAUAAACUGUUAAUGCAGCCAACUCCCAGAGUGCGUUUCAACGUACAGUACAACUCUAUUCCACACUAAUUGUUCACUGAUAACUCUGCAAUGCUUCUAGCACAGGUGACAGCUAGCUAGCUGGCACUUGGUAACCCACUGCCAUAGCCGCAUUUAAAGUCCAGGUUUUUGCUAUCUGUGAGUCCCUGGUUGGUGUUGACUUACACUGGCUUACGCAGUGAAUCUGAGCUUACAUCUGGGAAGACCAGGGAUAACAUUUCUGACUCUACAUUUUGUUGGAAAUCAGAUGCAGAGAGUGUCUUCUUCCUGAAGGUGGCAGCUAUAAAGCUUCAGACACUGACACAGCCCAUAUAGAAUAAGGGUUAUACAGUCAGGUGGUCUGAUGGAGUGGGUGUUCAUCAUGAACCGGAUGAGCUCUCAGAGUAGCUCUGCAGCCCAGCGGAGGCGAAUGGCGCUGGGAGUGGUGAUACUUCUGCUGGUGGAUGUCAUCUGGGUAGCAUCCUCUGAGCUAACCGCAUACAUUUUCAAGCGACAGGAGUACAGCAAACCCUUCUUCAGCACAUUCACUAAGACUUCUAUGUUUGUGCUGUAUUUGUUGGGUUUCCUGCUGUGGCGGCCCUGGAGGCAGCAGUGUACUGGCACUCUGAAACGCCGGCACUCUGCAUUUUUUGCUGAUGCUGAGGCCUACUUUGCACCUUGCACCACUGACACUACUGUGAACAACUGUUUGAGUGAACCUCUGUAUGUGCCAGUGAAGUUCCAGGACAUACCUACAGAACACUCAAAUGGUCUAAUUGGAGACUGUGAAUUCACUUCCAAAAAGCAGCGGGUGCGUUUUAGUAAUAUCAUGGAGGUGCGCCAGCUGCCCUCUACACAAGCCGUAGAGGCCAAGCUGUCCCGCAUGUCCUACCCUGCUGCCAAGGACCACGAGGCCAUGUUACGGACAGUGGGAAAGCUAACCAUCACUGAUGUGGCCAAAAUCAGUUUUUUUUUCUGCUUUGUGUGGUUCCUGGCUAACCUGUCCUACCAGGAAGCUCUGUCGGACACGCAGGUGGCCAUUGUCAACAUUCUGUCAUCCACUUCAGGCCUGUUCACGCUCAUCUUAGCAGCCAUAUUUCCCAGUAACAGCAGCGACCGCUUCACCUUGUCCAAACUGUUGGCUGUGGCUCUGAGUAUGGGAGGUGUUGCCCUCGUGAGUCUCUCCAGCAUGGACAGCCCUGAUGAGAAAGGUGUUAUAGGUUCUCUGUGGUCACUGGCCGGGGCAGUGCUGUACGCUAUCUACAUUGUAAUGAUUAAGAGGCGAGUGGAUCGGGAGGAUAAGCUUGACAUUCCAAUGUUCUUUGGGUUUGUGGGUCUGUUCAACCUGCUGCUGCUGUGGCCAGGCUUCCUCUUACUCCACUACACAGGCUUUGAGGCCUUUGAGCUUCCCAGCCAACUCGUGUGGACGUAUAUCCUCAUAAAUGGCCUGAUCGGAACUGUUCUCUCAGAGUUUCUCUGGCUCUGGGGCUGUUUCCUCACGUCAUCUCUUAUCGGGACACUGGCAUUAAGCCUCACCAUUCCUCUCUCUAUUAUGGCAGAUAUUUGCAUGCAGAAGGUACGUUUCUCAUGGUUAUUUUUUGCUGGGGCAGUCCCCGUCUUCCUCUCCUUCUUCAUUGCCACGCUGUUAUGCCACUACAACAACUGGGACCCAGUAUUGGUGGGGCUGAGGAGAGUUUACGCCUUCAUCUGCAGGAAACAUCGCAUUCAAAGACUGCCAGAAGACAGCGAGCAGUGUGAAAGCCUUAUUCCCCUACACACCGUCUCCCCCAGCGAAGGAAGCUUCUGUUCGUGAUCCAGCAGUCCAACAAAACGUGGCCAAUGUGGAUCUCACUGAGCUGACAAUCUGGAAGCUUUCAGAGACGUUGAACUCGCCCCAGUGCCUCCUAUUAAAUCUAUUUAUUUUCUACAGUGUUGAGAUGAACCAUCCAUUUCUACAACCUCAUUUUUAUUUUCGCAUUUUGGUCAGCAUAAACUGACAGUCUGUUUUACUUUUUUUGCUCUGUAUAAAGAAAUGUUGUGGUACUCAAGGUGCUGGACAUUAUUAGUGAUUACUAUAGGGUCAUGUGACCAAAUGGAUCGGUACAUGUUGAUCUCAGUCCGAACACUAACAGAGGAGGAGUAGCUGUGUGUUAUUUUUAAAGAGCUGAACCAAAAGGGAGGACUUCCACUGUUUUCAGAGGACACUGUAACUCUCAUCCAUGGGCCUUCCAAAGCCUUGCUGUAUUUUCAAGUCUGUCAAACGCUUACAGUGCAUAAAAAGUUUUGCUUUUGAAAGAGUAGAUCUGCUUUUUCAUGCACAUCAUACAAACCUGAGCUCUCCUGUGCUUCUAGCAACAAGUAUGCAACCUUCAGUUGUAUACUGGAAAACUCACUAAUUUCAGCAGUGCUACUGUUUGGAGUGUCAUCUUAGUAAGUUUUAUUGUCACGUAGAUUUCUGUGGAAUUUAUUAUGCCCUGACACAUUUCUUAGAAGUCAAUCUACAUAACUGCAGUAUUUUUAUGAGUAGUAAUCGGGCCCAAUCAGAAAUGUAGUACAUUGAUAACUUCAUGCUACCCAGCCUCACAGAGGGACAUCUGUGUGUCUGGUGAAAUACUUUGCAUUUCUUUUCAAGCACUUUCCUGAUAAGAUUUGACAUUUUAGCGUCUCAGCUGAAAAUAUCUCCCUUUUGCUCCAACUGGGUCUUGUCUUGAUUUACUGUUAGCAAGUAUGCUGACAUGAAAAAUAAAAUAACACUACAGCUAAAGGCAGCAAGAAAGCACCACAUCCUCCAUGUCAGCCACUUUCUUGCUUCCUCCUGCUCCUCUGGUGGUGCUGCAUCCUGAAGACAAACUGUGAUAGAGACAUUAACUUCGUGUUUGAACAUGAGCAGGAUAGUAAGUCUUCUGCUAUAAACUAUGAAAUGCCUUGCUGCAAUAACGGUUGUCUGCUUGAACGAGCAGUUUCCUCUUCAAAAUGGGUGUAAAUACUGUACACAGUGAGACAUGAACAUAGUAUUGAUGUUUUAUUUGUGAAAUUUAAGUGACCACUACAGAUUUAUCUUGAGACUAUGUAUCAGAUAAUAUUUUAUGUAUCAUUGUAAAUGAUUACUGCUGGAGGAAGAGUUUGCACCACAGCCAAAUUCUCUUUUUCUUACACUUGAGAUUAUAUCGCACCAACUUGACUGUAUGUUUUUCCCUUAAGCAAAGUGAUUUAUUUUCUGUGCUUGUGAUUUUGUGUGAUGAUGAGAAGCAUUUGUUUUAGCAGCCUCAGUGUCGGUCAUGUAAUCCAGUAUGUAAACACUACAGUCGAAGGUGAAAUGUCACUCCACUCAUCCUGUUUAGUGUCAGAUGUGUGUACAUCUUUAUGGAGUGUUUUUAUUGCGCUCAUCAUUGACAGGGAGUAUGAAGUGGAAGAAGUAAUAGCCGGCCAGUGAGGGUAAAUUAACAAGUUCAGCACUUUAAGUGACAGAUAUAAAAUUGUGUCAUUCGUGUUCAUCAUUGCACUUACUAUGUCUUUGCCAAUCACCUUCUGUUAUGAUUGCAGGUAUGAAAGCUUUUCAAGGAUGAUUAGUUUGGAAGAGGUAAUAUCGUCCAUGUUGUGAAAGAACAUUUGUCUUUCUCUUCUUUUAUCAAUGGUGCUUGUGGAAUCAUCGAUAUGAUUAUUUUCUUUCUCAGGUUCUUUAUCUUGUUUUUAUUGACUGAGCAUUUUCUUUGCCUUUUAAGUAUCAUUAAUGAAGACGUUAUACAAUCUACAAGAAGGCCACAAAAGCCUAAUAGUGACUUCCCUUUUUCAACCUAAGCUCUUGAAUAAUUCUAUUACUUUGCAAGUCUGUUUUCAUACUUCGGUGCACUAUUAAAACAUAUCUUUUUAAA